UGUGUUAGGUAUAUCUCCAUCUCUGAAUCCUUGAAAGAUGAAUGAAUUUAACAAAUUGAGAUUAUUAUUGCCCCAUAUAAUCUGUUACAUCAAGCAACAAGGAAAUAUUUCAACAAAGUUAAUAAAAUGUUAUAAACAGGGUCAAAAUUAAAAAUAUAUCUAUUAGCCGAGAUGAAAGAUGGAAAUUCUUAACGUAUUACUUUUACUUUUGCUGAUGCCAAUCAUCAGAGGAUGUGUGGACAAUUGGUCCAAGAACAAUAGCUGCUGUCCUAAUUACAGACUUACUGAAACGGGUUGCAUACCCUGUGAGCCUGGUACGUAUGGAGUAAACUGUUCUCAGUCGUGUCCUGAUGGUCAGUAUGGAAUUAGAUGUUUGUUUAUGUGUAACUGUACAGAGGGAGAGGUCUGUGAUAAACGGAAGGGGUGUAUCAAUUCACCAACACCAAGAAAUAGUUCAACUAUUUGUAAAUGUACAAAUGAAGAGGUUUGUGAUAAAAAGUUGGGGUGUGUGGAACCUUCAAAUGCAACAAAUGGUUCAACGGAUGACAUUGGUGGGAUAACAAUAUUGUACAAGGAGUCUGAAGAGCCAGUCUAUACAACUAAGGCAAAAUUUGAUUCAACGGAAGAGACGGAAGCACACCUUCAUCUGGACGGUGUAAAUAGCAGUGACCUCAUUAUCAUUGGGAGCUCUCUUGUGUUCCUUUGCAUAAUUUCCGUGAUCAGUUAUUUUUGCUAUUCUAAAAGGAUUGUAAAAAGAAAACGAAGAAAGAGGGGCAGACCUCUUCCAGCGCCUGAUGUCAGAAACACCGCAGACCACCUCAAGGGAGACGACUGUGUAUAUGAUAAAAUAGAAUCUAUAUAUGUCGAGGAAUCUCCCCUCCCUCUAACAAUCUCCGAUCCACUCUAUGGUCACAAAGAUGAUCCUGUUUAUCAUACUCUUUCUCUCAGACUAGAUCUAAGGAAUGAAAAGUUUCUAGAUCCGCCAUGUAUCAGUAUUGGACCAAGGAAGCCCUACUCGGUAUCCAAUAUCAAUGUUCAUAGCGCAUACGAGGAGCCCUCUGUUAGCCUCAUUCCACUGAAACGUGCUCACUCGGAGGGCGAGUCAGAUUUCUCAAUGAAAACGAAGGGUGGAGGCAGUACAGGUGAGAACAUUGUAGAUAUUUCACAGAGGAAAAGAUCUCAGAGUAGUGAAAUGACAAGACAUCUAAAUCAAGAUGUCCCAUUAAUAAGUGAAUGUGCCGUUCAAGAUAGGAACAAUACUAUACCUAAAUCGAGUAGGGAAAUUGAAAUAGCCCCAGCAUACGGUGACAAUCCUUAUUUAGGCGAAAACGAUAAAAGAAUAUUGAAGAGCAACUUUGAUGAGCACCAGUCGACAAUAAAACUAAAAGCAGGGGAUUCAGCUUUCGUUCAUCAACUUGAUCAAGUUGACAUGGCUCCGGACGAAGCAGACUUGGGAAAUUCCAGGGAGAGGGAGGACAACAAAAUACAAAUAUCUGACGAUUGUGAACAAGAACAAACUAAUGGAGACUGGUGUCCCUUUAUAGAUAUAGAACGGAACGGAAGCCAAUUGUAUGAAGAUGCAGUGAGUUCUUAUCCAAACAAUUCACAUAUCGAUACAACACAAACUGAUGGGGAUUCCAGUACUGAUAUUAUUGAAAAAUAAAGAUAGAGUCGUAUGGAAGUGUCUGAGAGUGACAAACCGUAACAUUAUUUAAAAGAAUUAAAAAUUUUAGUGAAGAGUGAAAUUGGGCAAAAUUUAGGAUUCUAUUUAAAUUGCUAUUGGAAGAAUAUCUUAUUGCAUUCCUUUUAAAAUGAUUAAACUUAGUUUCAAUAUAAUGUACCAAAUAAAAGUUAUAAGCAUAAUAAAAUUUUAGUCUUGGUCGUAUAUUCUUUUGUAAAUUGGGCCCCGGAGUCCGAUGACUACGUUUCUGGCUUGGACAACUGCUUAUUAUCAUUUCAUAUGGACUUACAUCAAAUAUACAAUAGCAC